AUGAUUAUCGCGAGACAGGGUGGGAUCGGUCGACUUCGCUUUAUUUUGCUGAAUGCACUUAAGUAUAUCCCAGUGUUUGGCUACUACUUCUAUCAGUCAUGGAUUGUCGCCUUCCCGGAAGUCGAUCGUUUCAGCCCAGCAAAGCCAAAGGUUAUUGAGGAGAGUCGUGCUUUCGCCGUUUCAAAAAAUCUAACUCCUCUUCAAUAUCAUCUUACUCCACGUGUCCGUGGCAUUGAGCUUCUUCUGAACAAUAUGUAUUCGCAUCUGAAUGCAGUAUACGAUAUGACAGUGGUCUUUGGCGACGAAAACGGCAGCUGUUUAGACAAAACCAAGCCCAUGCCUGGCUUGUUUUCCUACCUUAUGAAGCCUCAUACUCUGCACAUUCAUUUACAACGAUGUCCCGUUGCUGAUGUGCCUCAAGAACAUGAUGCCCUUCGUGCAUGGUUAUCAUCGCGUUUUGCUCUAAAAGACAAUAUUGGAAUUAAGCUCCUCGCGACCCAAAGUGUCGCUGUCAUGCAACCUUCGUUGUUUGCUGACCUCGAUCAAGUCAAAAAGGAACAGUCUAGGCAACCAAAUGUAAGCGAGGUGAAGGCCGCCUUUCUCAAGAAUCUUUCCAAUUUGAUGCCGCCUUUAGACGAUCACGGUGAGUCUGCGCAGCCGUCAGUCGAGGAACUGAUUGCCACUGGUAAAAGAAGUCUUCUCUGCCUGGAAUUCGCGAGUGCCGUGCAGUGCUUCCAGAGGGCCUGUCAGAUUUUAGCUGAGGCGAAUGGCGACUUACAUGACACUUUAGCGGUUCCAAAUCUCCUUUAUGGGACGGCUUUAUUAGAAUUGUCGCGAUGUGAAACCAAGAUCUUGAGCGAAUCCCUUGAGAAAGUACAUUCUCCUGAGGGAACUCCGCGUAUGUGUUACAUUAUUUUUUAUCGAGAAAUAUGCAGAAAGCAAUGCUGA